AACUUUAUCAUAUGCUUACGAGUAUAUGAACAAGUUAAUUUUCACGAGUUAUCACUUUUUUAGAAACUAUAUUAGAUCGUAUAUAAUCUUGUAAAUAUUUGGCUAUCAUAUACAUCUUGAUAUUAUAGUUGUUCAUCUGAAUGAUGUUCAGCAGAAGAUAAGCUUGAUAAAAAGGAAAAAUUGUAUUAAGUUGUGAUCAACAUGGCAUCGGCGGUCGAAAUUUUAGCGAAACAGGCGAUGAAGACAUUUGGCGAUCGCAGAAGUGUCAACUACAGACUUUGCCAAAAAAAUUUAGACAAAUUGUGGAGUCUAAUGAACAAAAUAACUGCUGAGGAUGUAAAACUAGACAAAAGUAUCCUCGACUUCGUCAGUGUACAGCCAGCACCUAUGUGUGCGAUGGACAUAUUCGAAAACAAAGAUAUAACAAUUGCAAUUUUCAUACUUAAACAUGGAAUCACAAUGCCUAUGCAUGAUCAUCCCGGAAUGCAUGGUUUGUUGAAGGUGAUCAGUGGUAUAGUGGAAUUGAACAGUUAUAGUUUGAAGGCAAAAAGCGAUCAUAUAAUUAAGGCAAAUGAAGAAAUUGUGGCUGUUAGGCAUCGGCCAGUUAUUCUUCAUAGUAAUUCAUCUGCUUGUGUUCUCACACCAUCGGACAAGAAUUUACAUGAAAUUUCUUGCAUCAAAGGACCAGCAGCUUUUUUGGACAUACUCAGUCCACCAUAUGAUGUCGAUAUAUUCGGCCAUGGACCAAGACCAUGUACAUAUUUUAAAGCUGUAAAAUCUAAACUAUGCACAGAAUCAACAGAUGUAAUUGAGGAAGUGCACUUAUCAGUUGUAGAAAGUCCACCAGAUUUCUACUCCUCAAGUUUAGAAUACAUUGGUCCACCAUUAAAAAUAUACAACGAUUGA